AUGAAAAAACAGUUAUUUGCAGCAAUUUUUAAUAAGAAAUUCCGAUGUGUUCAUACUGUUGCAGUAGUUUUCAACCCUGGGGCAGCUGCACCGCCCAAAAGGCCGCUUCCCGAAGUUGGACCUUUCGCUGCGCCCGAACAGACAGAAUCUGGAAGGCAGUCACGUCAGAAACAACAACUGGACUUCCUGCUCAAGCGGCAAAUGCAGUUCAAGCAAGCUGCUGUGGCAGCGAAGAAUAAGGGCGAUAUUGAAGCGGCCAAAAAAUUCCUCCUUGCAGCUAAGGUAAUAGGAAAAUAUUUUAAAGUUGGAAAAAGCAGACAAAAACAACUUCUACCCGCAUGCAUAGGAUGGAAAGAUUGGUCUUAAGU